AUGCCUCACAAGCGAGUCGACAGCGACAGCAGCGGUGACGAGGGCAACCCAGACUUCAUCGACGACCUUGCAUCUCACCUCGACCACUCGCAGAGCGACGAUGAACAUUUUCAACCCGGCGGCACUCUGAUGCCCGAGCGGUUCUCCGGCCCGGCCAUUGCUCAGGACAAACCGGACCUGCGUCGCACCUCUGACCCGCCGUCCACAGCCGUUGCACUCAUGACGCCUAGUGAACGGUUCCGCGCUGCGGGGCGCAAGGUCAUUCAGAUGCACCGUACAGCGUCUCUUCUGUCUCGGCUAACGCGCGCGCCUACCACGAAGGGCUUCGAGCCUGGUAUCGACCCGCGUCGCCACACCGCUAUGCUCGCUUAUGGACACUUACGCGCUCGCUGUGUCAUCCAGGUUGCUGACUAUUCCGCCCUCCGCACGUCCAUCAGGCAGAUGGGCAACGAGGAGUUCAUCACCAUGCUCAAGGACGCAGAUGCCUCCGUGCUGGCGCCGUGGGCGAAGGUCCGCUGGAUCAACAUCAGAGGCAUCAGCUGGGAUGUUCUUAGUGAGCUCGCGCUCAGGUACGAGCUGCAUCCGUUGGCGCUUGAAGAUAUCUUGCACCAGCGUGGACAUGCGAGGUCGAAGGCGGACUACUACCCCACACAGCUGUUCAUCCGCGUGCUCUGCCACUUACUGGGAGAAGAGGAGGAAGAUGACGAUCUUGCACAGUGUGCGCCCGAGGGGAUGAGCACCAGGGCAUCGUCGCCUGAGCCAAUGCGGAGCUCGGAUUAUCGCAAGACGUAUGACGAUGAUGAAGAUACGCUCCAUAGCAUACCUUUGAAGACGUUCAAGGUGGAUCCUGAAGCGCCUCAUACAGAUGAACACAAGUUCGUGUCGCCCGCCAGACGAGAAUUAGCAGCUCGAAGACGCCGAGAACGUGCUCAGACGGAUAUAGAAAUACUGAAGAAAGAGGGCAGAGUGAACGUGAAGAGAGCGCAGAUGUCAAUGUUCCUUAUGCGGGAUGGGACUGUGAUCUCCGUCCUUCCAUCAACAACGCACAACUUCACGGAUCACAUUAUGGAUCGUCUUCAGGUGGCCGAUACAGUGCUGCGGAAAUCCUCUGACCCGAGUUUGUUGGUGCAGAGCUUGCUAGACAUAGUCGUUGAUUCCGCGUUGGACAUUGUCGACGCUUACCACGAUAAGAUACUUGAGCUCGAGCACGAUGCGCUUCUCAAGCCAAGUAUGGAUGUCAUCCGGCGUCUGCACAUCCUUUCCGGUGAUCUUUCCCUCUACAAACGCACCCUCGAACCGCUUAGGAGCGUCAUCUACGGGCUGCGGCGAUACGACCUUGAACGAUGCAUAGCCCUUGCGGAUGAAAUGGCGAUAUCCCCUAGCUCUAGCAGGCAUAAUACGAUCUCCGGCAGCCAGUUUAUGAGGGAGCCCUCAUCGUCCACACCUCCGGUGGACUCACCGCAUGCAGGGCACUCGGAUGCGGCCAAGGCGCGGGUAAAGGGGUUCAUGAGUCCCAAGUCGAAAAUAUACCUGGCGGACGUGCACGAUCAUAUGGAGUACAUUCUCGGGAACAUAGAGAUGUUUUCAGGAAUAGCUGAGAAUCUCAUUCAGUAUACGUUCAACAUAAAAUCCUACGAGAUGAACCAGACCAUGCGCCGCUUGACGCUCAUUACGAUUAUUUGUCUCCCACUCACCUUGCUUUCUGGAUACUUUGGCAUGAACUUCGUCAACAUGUGGUCUGUAACGUACCACACCGACUGGCUCUACUGGGCCAUAGCACUUCCCAUCAUGGUCGUUGUUAUUCCCGCGUUCACAACUCCGGACUUGGUACGGAUGGCAAAUUAUACCAAGAAACGGAUCCACGCAUGGCGAACGGGCCAGCCAUUUGGCUAUCGGUACAAGCGACGGUCAUAGCACGACAAUGGUUUUACUAGGGAUAGUUUGUUUCACGGUUUAAAGCACAUGCCAAAUUUUCUUUUCCGGUUGUAUCUUUCAUCAAAUCGUAGGAUGUAGCUGGG